AUGGGGUUCGCUCAAGAGCACAACCCCCAUGACAUGACGUCCGACUGGCAGACCAAAGACCGGUCGACGUGGAACGGCUACCAAAAGUUCAUCGACCUCGUCGACGUCUCGCCCGUCCUCCCCGGCAAGCCGCUGCCCGUCUUCCCCAAGACGGCCAAGAUGCCCUUCAUGGCGCAAUGGUCGCAGCACCUCUUCAUCAUCAUCUACGCCGCCAUCCCGCUGCUGCUUCACCAGGCCUACGUCUCCUACACGGGCCAGCCCCUCGGCCGGCUCGCGCUCCUCUUCCUCUACAACACGGCCUACGUUAUGACGGCCGUCCGCGAGGUUCGCAUGCUGCGCAGGCUCACCUACACCUUUGGCUGCCUCGACGGCGACGUCGCCGACCGCGACGGCAUCCCCAACACGGGCGCUGGCAAGAUGAUCGGCGAGAUGCACAAGACGGCCGGCUUCCGCCUCAUCAUGGCCACCUGGAUCGCCUACGAGCCGGGCCUGUCCCCGCUCGCCUUCUUCAGCAAGCCCGCCGCCAUUCUUGCGCCGCUCGUCCUCAAGCUGGCCCUCUACGGCCCGGUCCUCGACCUUUUCUUUUACACCUACCACCGCGCCUGCCACGAGGUGCCCUGGCUGUGGAAGUACCACCGCACCCACCACCUGAACAAACACCCCACGGCGCUGCACUCGGGCUUCGCCGACGACGAGCAGGAGAUUAUCGAAAUCGUCAUCGUGCCCUUCCUGACCUACGCCACCCUCUGGGCCAUCGGCCUCAAGCUCAACUUUUACGAGUGGUGGAUCUGCUUCGAGUAUGUCACCUACUCGGAGAUCUUUGGCCACAGCGGCCUCCGCGUCUUUGGCACCGUGCCCUCGCCCAUCACGCCCGUGCUCUCGUUCUUUGGCAUGGAGCUGCUGCUCGAGGACCAUGACCUGCACCACCGCCGCGGCUGGAAGAAGAGCUUCAACUACGGAAAGCAGACACGGGUGUGGGACCGCAUCUUUGGUACCUGCGCUGACCGCAUCGAGGCCAAGCCCGAUAAUGUGGACUUUUCCAAGACGGCUCACAUGCCACUGUUCUAA